AUGAAGUCUCUCCGGGAAGUUUCUCGAUAUGCAGGUGGAGCUGUUGAUUUUGGUGUUGGGUCAAUUGACCUGACAAGGCUCAAGAAAUUUGGGGGCCAAAUCAACGAUUGGCUCUCCCCCCAAAGCGAAAGCAAAAUGAACGGCCUGCCCAUCAACGCAUCCCCUCUGCUAGUUCAUUUCAAUAUCUGCACUCCGAUUUCCGUCCUCCAAUCUGUCAAUAUACGGGGUUCCGCCGCUCUGCUAACUUUGGGAUACGUAUUCAACUACUUUUUAUGCGCCCAAGCUGGACUCAUGACCAGCUGA